UCUGGACUCCUGGGUAGUCAGCUGGACCAAGGGACAGACGCCAUGAGGCCUCUGCUGCUCCUGGGGUCCCUGCUGGUGAGCCUGGAGCCAGUGCUUUCGAUCCCACCUUGGAAAGCUCACAGGGAGCAUAAGCAAGGAGUGGGUGAGCCCACAGUAGUUCUUACUGUCACUGGGGAGCCCUGCCACUUCCCCUUCCAGUACCACCGGCAGUUGUACCACAAAUGUAUCCACAAAGGCUGGCCAGGCCCCAGACCCUGGUGUGCUACCACCCCAAACUUUGAUCAGGACCAGCAAUGGGCACACUGCCUGGAGCCCAGGAAGGUGAAAGACCACUGCAGCAAACACAGCCCCUGCCAGAAAGGAGGGACAUGUGUGAAUAUGCCCAAUGGACCACACUGCCUUUGUCCAGAACACCUCACUGGGAAGCACUGCCAGAGAGAGAAGUGCUUUGAGCCUCAGCUUCUCGGGUUCUUCCAUGAGAAUGAGAUAUGGCUUAGAUCUGGACCAGCAGGUGUGGCCAAAUGCCACUGCAAAGGUCCUGAUGCUCACUGCAAGCCACUGGCCAGCCAUGCCUGCCGCACCAACCUGUGCCUCAACGGGGGUCGCUGCCUGGAGGCGGAAGGCCACCGCCUGUGCCAUUGCCCAAAGGGCUACACUGGACCCUUCUGUGACUUGGAUGUUGAGGCAAACUGCUACCAUGGCCGUGGGCUCAGCUACCGUGGCAGGGCCAGGACCACCCUCUCCGGUGCAACUUGUCAGCGGUGGGACUCCGAGGCCACCUACCGGAACAUGACUGCGGAGCAAGCGCUAAGCUGGGGACUGGGCCACCACACCUUCUGCCGGAACCCGGAUAAUGAUACCCGCCCGUGGUGCUUCGUCUGGAACGGUAAUCGGCUGAGCUGGGAGUAUUGCGACUUGGCACAGUGCCAGGCCCCAACCCAGGCAGCACCUCCUCUCUGGGAUUUCGUUGAGCGUCAGGAUCUUCCCAAGCCCCAGCCUUCCGCAUUGCAGAAACCUCAGCCCACGACCCAGCUCCCGCCUCAGUCCCAAACCCUAGCCUUCUCGAAGCAGCAGUCGAGGACCAGCCCUCCCAGCUGCGGACAGCGGCUCCGGAAGCGGCUGAGUCGAAUCGUCGGCGGACUAGUGGCGCUACCCGGGGCACAUCCUUACAUCGCAGCGUUGUACUGGGGAGACAGUUUCUGCGCUGGCAGCCUUAUCGCCCCCUGCUGGGUGCUGACCGCGGCUCACUGCCUGCAGAACCGGCCGGCGUCAGAGGAGCUGACGGUGGUGCUCGGCCAGGACCUCCAUAACCAGAGCUGUGAGCAAUGCCAGACGCUGGGCGUGCGCUCCUACCGCCUCCACGAGGCCUUCUCGCCCAUCACCUAUCAGCACGACUUGGCUCUGGUGCGUCUUCAGGAGGGCGCGGACGGCAGCUGCGCGCUCUUGUCGCCUUACGUUCAACCGGUGUGCCUACCCAGCGGCACUGCCCAAACCUCCGAACCCGAGGACGCGUUCUGCGAGGUGGCGGGCUGGGGCCACCAGUUCGAGGGGGCGGAGGAAUAUUCCACCUUCCUGCAGGAGGCGCAGGUGCCCUUCAUCUCUCAGGAGCGCUGCUCAGCCUCCGAAGUACACGGGGACGCCAUCCUCCCUGGAAUGCUCUGCGCUGGCUUCCUCGAGGGUGGCACCGACGCGUGCCAGGGUGAUUCCGGGGGGCCUCUCGUGUGUGAGGACGAGGUUGCAGAGCACCGGCUCACCCUGCGAGGCGUCAUCAGUUGGGGUUCGGGAUGUGGCGACCGCAACAAGCCUGGCGUCUACACCGACGUGGCCAACUACCUGACUUGGAUCCAGGAGCACACAGCUUCCUAAUUGCCCAGGGAUUCCGUCUUUCCCUCCUGGGUGAUCUCGGAGUAGGAGGAUGGCUGGGGCAUGAUCAUGGACUAAAGAUUGUACCACAUUCCUCCCUGUGCCAACUGCCAGGUGCCAGGGGCACAGAAACUCAAUAAAGUGCUUUGACAAUU